AUGGCAUUAAUUUCAGAUGAAAUACUUCAAUCUCUUCUUACAUAUGAAGAGUAUUUUGUUUACAAACUUUGGAUGAAUGGCUCAUACAGUGCUAUCCCCAUUCCAGACCCAAAAACUUUCAACUGGAAAUUUCAUCAAUACAAAAUCCCCAAACUUUUAAAUAAAAAUAACAUGGAUUCUUUAGCAAAUGCAGUCAAGAUAAUUUUCCCUGAAGCUGAACCUGAAAUCAUGACAAUAAGUAUUCUAAAUUUUGGCUCCCAAGAUUUGGUGAUUCCAUUAGAUGUGAUACAACUGGCUAUAUCACCCAAACCAACCUGGGAAAAGUCAGUCUGCUGGUUGUUCAAACAUCAACCCAAAUCUAUACCACUUAUAUAUGCCGUGGCUAAAGUCAAACUAGCUGAAGAAUCUAUGGGAAAUGAUCCAGCACUUCUCCAGCAACUUGAUACUGCCAGAUCGAUCCCUCAUUGA